ACAGCACGCCGGCGAGUGGCACGCUUCUUGCAUUCCCUGCGCACACCAUGGACUUCAUGAUGAAGAUGGACUUCCUUUUAAAAAAUGGCGGCGGGGGUGGCAUGCAUGAGAGCAUUCUGGGGCGGCUGUCCUCGGGUAACCCCUGGAUCGACACCGUCGUCGCCGCCGUCAUCCCGAUCGCCAUGCGCUUCUUCCUGCCCGCCGGCACCUACAAGCCCAUCUCGGGGCACCUUGCCCUCGACGCGUUCUUGCUCGCGAGCGUCCCCCUGCUCAGGACCAAGCGAUGCUCCCUCCAGGAGUGGCUGCGCACCUGCAGCCUGAACUUGUUCUACAACGUGAACAACACCUACGAGACUACCGUCAGGUUCCAGAAAGAGAGCAAGAACGUGAUGUACGCGCCAGAGGAAGCAGGCAGCGAGGACUCCGAGGAAGGGAAGAGGAACAACAUCCUGCAGAAGGCGAUCCUGCUCUACGUCGGACACCUGGAUCUUGAGUACAGGAGGUCUCAAGCGCUGUUGACCGCGAUCAAGCAAAAGCCGUCUGCGAGGGGACACGGUGGCAUCGACCGCUACGGGCGAGCGAAGCAACCGAGGGUUUUUGGUGGAACAGCCGAGCAGCUCAGGUGCUUCAGCAUCAGCAUCGCUCCCCCCGAGGAUGUCUGGGUGCUAGUGGACGAGGAGAAUGACGUGUGGUUCAAGCAGGCAAAGGCCGUGCACUCCGGAGGGGGCGGCAGAGACGGCUCCGCCCCCGAUCGGGACACGGUCACGACCAUCGUGUACGACUUCCGGUGCGAUAGGCAGGGGGGCAACAUCAAAGUCAAGGACUUCAUCCAGAAGGCCUACGAGUGGUACACGGACGAGAUGAAGUCUACCGAAGACCACUCCCGAUACAUGUACAGCCUGAUCGCCCAACCCGAGCCGGCCAGGUCGAGGCUCGGCAUUGGUGGCGUCGAAUUUCCCGGAAUGAACGGCGACGGACGCGGGAGGAACCCUCUCGACCCAUCCCCCCUCAGGUACAAGCGCUACCGGCUGGGCGACGUGAAGGACUUCGACUCCCUCUUCUUCCCGGAGAAGGAACAACUGCUCAGGGUGCUGGAGAACUUCGAGGCCAAGAGGGGCAGGUACGCCAUCAGGGGCUACCCGCACAAGCUCGGUCUUCUCCUCCACGGCCCCCCCGGCACCGGCAAGACGAGCCUCAUCAAGGCGCUCGCGUGCCGGACGGGGAGGCACAUCAUCCAGGUUCCCCUUGGGCGGGUCAACACCAAUCAGGACCUAAUGAACAUCAUGCUCGACGAGUCCUUCCCCGUCGCGAAGCAAGAACUGCCGAUUUCGCUCACGCACGACAACGUGAUCUUCGUGUUCGAGGACGUAGACGCAGCCUCCAAGAUCGUCAAAGCCAGGGACACCAACGACACGACCAGUGGCAUCAGCAUUAGGAGCAAGCGUUCCGUUCGUCCUCUUAAGGGUGUUAGCGCCGGCGCCGGCGGCAGCAAGAAUGGCCGCAGCAAAACCGGCGGCCGCGGCAGCAGCGGCAGGACCAGUGGUGCCAAAUCUAGCGUCAGCAAGGCGGGCCAGACCAAGCGGGACAGGGGCAAGGGGAAGAGCAAGGGGAAGGGAAAGGGGAAGACCGCGGACAAGGCCGAGAGCAAGGGAAGCAGCAUCAACGCCGGCACCGCGGAGUCAAAGGCGGUGGAUGUCCCGAACACGGCGCCGCCCCCGAGCAGCCUUCCCUUGAUGUCGCCGCCCCUCACCCAGAGCCCCUCGACGUCCGACAACGCCAAGACGGCGCCGUCGUCGCUGCUGUCGUCCCCUUCCACGAGCGGGGAGGACAUGGUGGUGGUGGCGGCGGUGGCCGAGGGGGAGGUUAAGGAGGGGGAGGCCGCGGCUGAGGCCGGGGGGGGAGGGGGCGAGGGUAGCACCAACGCGGCUGACGUCCGGAGUUGGGGCGGGGAGAAGAAGAAGAAGAAUCAACAGCAGCAGGAGGAGGAGGGGGAGGAGAAAGAGAGCGCCAAGGGAGAUGAGAAGAAAAAACACGAGGAGGAGGAGGAGGAGGAGGAGGAAGUCGACAGCGGAGACGACGAUGAUGAUGAUAGCACAACGGAUGACGAGGACAGCAGUGAUGACGACGAUAGCAGUGACGAGGAGAGGGACACGAAGCAGGCUGUGGGCCCUAACAACAACAACAACAUCAACAACAGGAGGGAGAGCAAGACCAUCAGGGUGAAGUACGCCAACAAGUACGACAAGCUCGACCUGUCGGGUCUCCUGAAUGUUCUGGACGGGGUGGUGGACACCCCCGGGAGAAUCGUCGUCCUCACGACAAACUUGGUGGACGUGCUCGACCGCGCUCUGAUCCGCCCCGGCCGCAUCGACAAGACCAUCCUUCUCGGGUACAUGAAGUACGACGCGGCUCUGGAGAUGACCAAGCACUUCUUUCCCGAGGAGAGCGAGAGCAUCACCGACGAGCAGAAGAAACGCCUCCAGGACGUCUUCAGCGACGAGGCCGCCGCGGUGCGGUGCAAGAGGUCGUCCAAGCGCGGAGGCGGCGCCGACGGGGGCCAGCUGACGCCCGCCACCGUGGAGCAGAUGCUGGGCGAGCACGACAAGGUGGACGAUUUCCUCGAUGCUCUGGAAACGCUGGGGGAUCCCCUGUGAGGCGUGGAAAAGUCUCUUAGACGGGGGUGGUGGAUUUGGUGGUGGUUGUAUGCCUCUGCGCUGCCGAGUGUGUGUUUGUUGCCAAAUGUUCUGUCGCUGCGUGUGCUGUGCGCGAGUUUCACCGGGCGCCCCCACCACGUUUUGCACGUGUUCUUUAUUAUGGAUGUUGUGAUUAGCAUACGGCGCCCGAGUGACGGAUGGUCCUGAGCAUGACCUCUCCUCUGGGAGCCUCCUCUGUCUUCAAAGUAGCUAGUCUAGUUGUUAUUGUUUUGUUGCAUUUUUCCUGCAAGCUCAAAAUGAUUGGGGGGAUACACAGCGCAGCGUUCCGUACGUGUACAUCAGCGAGGACCUAAACGGUCCAUAGAGUCUUUUCGUCCCUUUUUGUUGUUGCGAUGGGGAUCAACGGAACCAUUGGCUGCAUGGAAGCAUUGGCGCGAUUGGCGCAACAAAACUGUAAGGUUGCGCGUACGGCAGACAACAUGUGUUUGGUUUGUGUGUGUAUGUGUCGUCGUUUGUGCGUGAAAGGAAGGAUGGUGGUGGUCGUGUGGGUGAGGGAGGUAGUUGUCGUAGCGGUUGGAUACUACGUGGGUGACGUGGGUGAGCGAGGCACCCCUUCGGAAUAGUGGGCUUCCUGUGAACGGGCACCAAAGCAAAGCGUAGGGGAAGGGAGAGGCAAAGUUGGUCGGUGAUCUAUGUUCAUGUGAUUUUUUCGGCACUUUUUUUGUGCAUGGGAGGCGGGGGUGGUCCCCUCCUUGGAUAUGGAACGAAUCAUUGGUUGGGUGUUGGCCCAGGUGUUGCUGAUUAUUUCCAAUCGAUCGAUGCGAGUGAAUCACCCCGGUUCAUGCAUACAUAUGUUGUUUUGUUGUGUAGACGUACCGUAUGAAACUAGCUCCUCUCCGUGUGUUACGUGCCGUGUACGGGUGGCGGAAUUGAGGUAUCGAUCAUCAAUGAAGGUGGUAAAGGAUGGUUGGGCUUUUGUGGUGUAUAUGGGGUGAUAUGUCCACCGAGUACUGCGACGCACCCAACUUGUUUUAGCUCCCAAGGCGGAGUUAACCGAGUUCAUGAGCGCGUACAUGAGGGGAGAAGUCAUCGAAGGGGAGGCUGGGUGCCUAAGGUACUGGUGGUAAAUUUUGAAUUUGAUUGGGUUUAAGCUGUUUGAUUUCUGGCGAAUGUUCAGCUUUCUUGUCUUGGGCUAGAAGGGGACUUGCGCGCUUACCGAGGAAUCUGCGUGAGAUCUCCAGCCCAUGAUCUGAUCAAAAUCGACAGGGGAGUGCGGAGUUUGGAAUUUGGUUGGUUGACGGAUUGAACGCAGGGUUGGUUCCAUUCGGUAUGGAUGUUACGGCAAGGGAUCGAGGCACAACAGUAGUUGGACACCGUAGUAGUGGGCUAACUUGGCCUCCUUUUUGGGCUCUCUUAUUUGUUUCGUCAAUCAAGCGGAUCGUGGUGGUGGCGAAAGGGGUUUGACAUCCAUGUCAACAUACGCCCACCCGUUGUGAGUAUUUCUGUGGUCUGGUCUAUGUGUCUCGCGCAUGUGUCUCUGGUCAUUCAGCACUGGUUCGUUGACCGUUCUUUGUUCUGGAUGGAACUCAUUAGAGCACAUGUUACCGCGGUUCAGAGAUAAUGCGAAAGCUCUUCCCCCUAUCUCGCCGAGUCAUGAAUGUUGGUCGAGUAGAUUGUGUUGUGCGGGGUCGGAAACCCUCACUCCGCGCAAUGGGAAUGAUCGCACCACGUUGU